AUGUCCGCCGACAAGCGCAGAAUGGAGUCGCUGACCGAGGAUGGGAACUUCUUCAGCUAUGGACCCGAAUAUCUCGAUGUAAGUCCUCAUUUUAUGUCAUAUUUGGGAUGGUUGAUUGUAAUAUUGCAUUUAUGAGAGUUGGAUUUGACGUAACUUUCGGUUUUACGAAGCGUGGUUUGGUGCAAAUAAUUUUUGGAUAUUGUUUUAGGUAGUUGAUCUUGGCGUUUCACGAAUGAUGUUUUGUGCGGAUUUUGUGGGUGAGGCGCGGUAGAAUUAUCGAAAAUGGGUUUCUGAUAUUUUUUAGGCUUUUUUACACUAAUUUUCAUGGAAUUUUAUAUGUUCUUCUUGAUUUAGGUAACAAUUUCUAAAUGGCCUAAUACCACGCAUUUUUUGAUCGAAAUGGCUAUCUUUUUUGGUGCAUACAUGUGGUUUGGGGCCAAGCUUUUGAAAAAUUAUGGUCAUCGAGGUUUUAUAGAUUUUCUUAUUUUUUAGGCAUUUUAUAUUGUACUUGACCAUCUUGAUCGAAAAAAUGCAUUUUCGAUUUGAUGAAGAAUAUUUUCCUUACCUAUUUGCCUGUGAAAUAUCCCUUACAGUAAAUUUAUCCUAUUACUUUAGUCCCUGCUGUCCCCGGAGUCCCCAUUCAGCCGCACUCAUCGUUACUUCAGUCAAUUCAGUGAUCCCAGAAAACCCGAAUCUUUCGACUGCUCAAACUGCAACUAUGGCCUCUCAGCCAUCUACUACUGCUCCGAUUGUCCGGAAUAUCUGUGUCGCAACUGUUACGAUGCCCACCAGACUAUCAGAGUGCUCAAGGAGCACAAUGUAAAACAAGUAGAGCCUUUUGUAAGAUUUUUGAUUAUUUUGUUCGAUUUUUAGGUCUGAAGAAGAAUUGAGAUGAAAUACGACUUCUGAGAUUAUAAACUUCGAGUGCGGAGAAAUUUUAUGGUAAUUUUUCGUAUUUUAGCGCCGUGUCUCGACUCAAGACAGCGAUUUGGCUCGAAGUGCUUGGCAUAACAGUUCGAUUGGUUCUCCAGACGUCUUCCAACAUCAGCCGUAUCCCAAGAGACAACGAAACAAUUCCGUGAUGUCUCCGAUCGUCGACAAACAGGUAAAUUUUUAAAAUUUUUACCUAGUACAAUAUAAAUUUUUUGACUUUUUUUUGGCAAUGCUGGUGUUUUUUCAUUCUGAUAGAGAUAUCAAUCGGCAUUUUUGCAGAUGCCACCUCUUUCCAAGCCCAAUCACACGUUUUAUGGCGCUUCCACGGGUGCCCCCAACUUUACCACCAGCACUCCGAACAUCAAAACGGCUCCACAUAGCUUCGAACGGAGUCGGCGUUACGUCUCCAAGCCUCAGACCCCUCUUCCACCGCCAAUGUUCCGUCUGGACCUGAGUCAGGCAAGCCCGAAGGCCAACAGUUUUCUCAGCGAAGUCCCUUUCAUUGAGUUGUCGGGAGUGGGCCAUAGACAAGUCAAGGGGCCAAAGUUUACGUUCGGAGGUGAAGGAACCGCCGACGGCCAGCUGAAUCGCCCAUGGGGGAUUUGUUGCGAUCAGAAGGGAAGGAUUGUGGUCAGCGAUCGCUCAAACAACCGAAUUCAGGUGGGGUUUGAUGAAUUUUGGGCGGGAAAGAGGCUUGAAAGUGGGACUUUUAGUCAUUUUAUAAUGUAUUAUUAAUUUUUCUACUAUUUUCUACUAUUUUUAAAGUACGUGUCUAACGGCUGAAGAUUUUACUUUCAGAUUUUCGAUGAAGAAGGCAAUUUUCUCGCAAAGUUUGGCAAAUUUGGCUCGGAUCUUGGCCAAUUCAACCGGCCAGCCGGAGUUGCAACCAAUCUGAAGGUGAGUUCUAGGCUCUACGGUGUUUUACUAUACUUUUUGAAAGCUAAAAAUACCUUUUAUCCAACAAAAAAAUGGUUUUUCUCCAGUGGGAUUCGAACCUGCGACUUUUCGACUAGAAGUUGGUGUCACUACCAAUACACUAUUGGGGUACCGGGUCGGAAGUGCGGGUUUUUGCGGGGAAAUCAGGAAAAAUGUAAAAUACGGAAUAUACGGAAUGAAAUCGUUGUGUUUUCAGAACCAAAUCAUUGUCGCGGACAAGGACAAUCAUCGUAUCCAAGUUUUCGACGAAAACGGAAACUUUUUGUUCAAAUUUGGCCAAAAUGGACGUCAUCCCGGCAGCUUCAAUUACCCGUGGGGACUCGCCACCAACAAGCGAAAUGACAUUGCUGUGACGGACUCUAGAAACAAUCGAAUCCAAAUCUUCAACGAAAAGGGAGAAUUGGUCAGAAUUUGUGGGAGAAAUGCCUUCCCGAGCGCUGAGAAACAAGUGUUUGGGCCGAGAGGUGUCGUCUUUGUGGAUGAUGACAAUAUUCUGGUUAGGUGAGAGAGAUUUAUUUGAAUUUCAAGUGUAAUAUUUUGAAAAUUUUUUUGAGUUUUGAAAGUCUUUUUUUUUGAUUUUUUUGGGUAGAUAGUUGAUGGUAAUGGGGUUUUUCUAGGACGAUUAUUACUUGGAGAUUAUUUUUAAACCGUGCAUAGACAUUUUUACCGAUUUUUUUGGACAUUUUUGAUUUAUUUUUUAAAUUUUUGCUCUAUUUUUGACAAUUUUUUUGAAUUUCAGUGACUUCAACGGCCACAGAAUUGUCCAAAUCGACACUACUCGCCCUAUGGAGUCUGUGGAGUUUUACGGCUCCGAAGGGCAAGAAGCCGGAAGCUUCACUCGCCCUCAGGGCAUGGUUUUGGACCCCGAGGGCAACUUGCUUGUUUGUGAUUCGAGAACCAAUAGAAUUCAGGUAAAUUGGUCUCAAAAGACAUGCAGAGGAUUUUAUAGACCUUGGUCUUUAAAAUGACCACCAUUUUUUGAUUUUUUCGAUACUAAUUUACCGUAUUUUAGGUAGUUUCCGUCGCUCAGCGCCGAGUUUUGGCGGUUCUCACCGCCGAACCCGAAAUGGACCGACCCUGCGACAUUGCCAUCUCCAUGAGUGGACAUAUCUAUGUGGUGGACUUUGGUCACAGCGCUGUUAGAGUGUUUUGA